UGCAUCGUGGCUGGUAAGAUGGUUUACCUGUUGACUGUGCAAGAGCACGCCUGCGCAAUUAUGCAGGUGCUGCCAGCUUCAAAAGCCUGGCCUGAUUUGCGUCCUGAGUGAAGUGAGGGCAAGAUGUUGGUUUGUACCGAUUCAAUGCUUAAGAUACUUUAGGGAUUCUAGGCGCGCGACAACCUGUCGUUGACAUCCAUGCGAUGCAUAUAUUAAAACCCUUAAUAUCACUGGUAGCUGUUAAGAUAAGCUCUCAAUCAAGCGACAACAAGUCAUUGACAAUCGAGCAAGGCACGCGCAUGAUUCGGCACGACUUGCUCUUUGCUCGCCGAAACGCCCGAACCGCAGUCGAAGUCCGGAUUUCCAGAAAGUUUCCAAGACAACUCGUCUUGCGCCAUCCCUUUCACCAGGCGCGUGGGAUCCUCUUUGUCGUAGCGCCCCCCCAGGAUGGCAGCAGUGCCGUAUGCGAGCCGAACCGUGGACCCUUACCGUCAAAGGGGCCCUCGAGUGGAGUGAUAGCAAGCCACAGUCCAAGACUGCCUAUUCCGUAUAUAUUUGCGACCGUGAGCCUGCGCCCGCGCCCAGAGUAUUGUUUCGCCCAUAACGGUGGUGCUGAAACGUGCACUAGGAAAAGUAUGGUCUACCGUCACGGUCUAUUGGAACGGACACUACUCGCUUAGUUUCGGACGCAAUGCUUGGCUUGUUCAUGCACGCCGCUACGAUGAAAUUGAGAGAACUACAUGAAGAGACUCAAUGCAGGACUUUGAGGUGUCCUUGGGGAUUCUUUCCUGGCCGUUCGCUCGUCU